CCUAGUUUAACUGGAGUUAUCCUUUAUGUCAUAUUGUCUUCCUAUUUCUAUCCAGAUUUAUCAACAUUAUUUCUCAGUAUAUAUAAAACCUGAAAACAACCUUAAAAUACUUUCAACUCAAAGGAAAAAUAAAAAUAAAAAACCAGUAACGUUUUUCCUUCUUCUCGAAUUCCUCUGUUUCUUUCUCCAAUGGCAGAUCAACCAAAAAAAGCUGAGAUCUUUGAUCUCGACAAUGGUUCAAUGCAUGUCAAAAUUUCAAACUACGGCUGCACAAUCACUUCAUUAUCAGUACCUGACAAAGAUGGUAAAUUUGCUGACGUUGUAUUGGGAUUUGACUCUGUUGAUCCUUACUUGCAAGGAGCUGGAUCGUACUAUGGCUGCAUUGUAGGUCGUGUUGCAAAUCGAAUCAAGGAAGGGAAGUUUACACUAAAUGGAGUGGAAUACUCUUUGCCUGUGAACAACCCCCCAAAUAGUCUCCAUGGUGGCAAAAAUGGAUUUGAUAAGAAGAUAUGGGAUGUAGUUGAAUACAAGAAAAAUGAUACUUCUCCGUCAAUUACUUUCAAGUAUCACAGCCGAGAUGGCGAGGAAGGCUAUCCUGGUGAUCUUUCUGUAACUGCAACAUACACUCUCACCUCAAAAACAACCAUGAAACUAGACAUGGAAGCUAUUGCUUUAAACAAGGCAACACCAGUCAAUCUCGCUCAACACACAUACUGGAAUCUAUCAGGACACAAUUCAGGCUCUGUACUAAACCACCACAUUCAAAUCUGGGCAAAUCACUACACCCCAGUUGACAAGAACACAAUCCCAACAGGAGAAAUUACCACAGUAAAAAACACACCAUUCGAUUUUACUUCAGAAAAGAGGAUUGGUCAAGAUAUUGAUAAGGUAAUUGGUUUGGGUUAUGACCAUAAUUAUGUUCUUGAUUCUGGCAAUGAAAAGAUGGGUUUGAAACAUGCUGCUAAAGUUAGAGAACCUAAAAGUAAAAGGGUUCUUGAUGUUUGGACUAAUGCACCUGGUGUGCAGUUUUAUACUGGUAAUUAUGUGAAUGGAGUUACUGGGAAAGGUGGAGCUGUUUAUGAUAAACAUGGUGGUCUUUGUCUUGAAACUCAAGGAUUCCCGAAUGCGAUUAAUCAACCGAAUUUCCCUUCUGUUGUUGUUGAGCCUGGUAAAAAGUAUCAGCAUAGUAUGUUGUUUGAGUUCUCAACUGUGUAGAUUGUAUUUUAUGUUGGUUUUGAUUUUGCAGUUGCUAAAUAUUAUGAAGUAUAUUACAGAGUAGUAUGUUCAAAGACUGUGAUUUCGUAAAUGAUGAAUAAAUGGGUGAUUUUCACUGCC